CCGUGGGUCCUGCUAGCAUAGCGUGCAUGCGUCGGUGCCCUGGGCGCCUUCCUCCAGCCAUCACAACACGAACAACGCUCCUUCAACACCACGCUCACUCCCGCCAUGUAAUACCAUCCCCAUAGCUUUAAUAUCUAAUAGACCACACCGAUGCCUAUCCUCACGCUACACACUGUAUUUCACCGACUGCCACGAUGCGCAUCCCCCUAUUCAGGAUAUGGUACUCGACAACGUACACAACGCUUCUCAUCAUACUCCUGAUCUUGCUGUGUGUGUCGCCCGGCGAUAUCAUAUACCAGACUAUCCGAACCAAUGAGAUACCGAAGCUCUUCGUUAUUGGCGGGGUCUAUGUAUUCACGGCGCUUAUCGUGAUACUCAUUUACUCGACGCGCAUCUACACAAACCGCAGCGUCCUGCAGGCUAUCCCGAAGCCAUAUGUACCGGUGGAGGAAGGCGAAGUGGGGAAGAUGGUGCGCAGGAUGAUCGUGAAGCAUCUUAGGCGGAGCGCAAUCGUGGCAUGGGAGUCGCGACCGAGAGAUGUUAGGGGUGAGGCUGAUGCUGGAGAGGAGACAGACGAAGAGCUGGACGAGGGUAGACCAGGCACUGCAGAGAGGGAGAAGGAGAAAGAAAAGACUAAGAAGCAUAAGAGCGGUCAUGGGGUGUCCGAUGCGACAAUCCUUCCUAUAAGCGCAAAGUCACCACCAUGGGGUCACAUCUCUCACCCGGGUUGGGCCUCACCAGCGGUGCCCGACCUACCAAAUCUUCAGUACUGGAGCGUCAUAUGCGAACUCCCCAACCUCAUCGAAGCCAAAGCAGUCUCCCUUGCGCCGCCUGACCCGACUGUCGAAACGGGCUCGAUCCAGUUCCCGCACGAAACACCUCUCCUCCCAGAUGCGCAAAUCGUCACAUUGCUACAACGUCCUCGCGCAAUGGGUCUGCGCUCCUACCUUGCGCGUCUCUCUGAGCUCGGCCUUCUGAACCCACCAUCUCUCGGACCCGCUUUCCUCGCGCAAUACGAACACGCGCGCUUCUCGACCGUAUGCCUCACCGAAACACAAUUCAAAGACAUCAUGUCCAUAUUCGCGGACAUACUAAACGGCAUGACCGAGCUCGACUCAGACCUAAUCGAAGACCUGCGCGCACAUAGCCUAUACAGCGACACCCGCAGCCUCGCACCUACACAAUCGUCGUCCAGCAGAUCAACAUCGGGAAGCAGCAGUAGCUCGUCACAAUCACUCCCUCUUCACCCCACGGCCCAACUCGCACACCAACCCUCCUCGUCCUCGCUCUCCAGCAGCCUAAGCAGCAGCAGCGGCGCGUCCUCACACUCCCCGCAAACCCUCCGCACCGCACCCUCACGGCAAGCGCAAAGAAGUUCAGGCAUCUACGGUACGCCGCGCACGCCAUCUGCAGUCUCUUUCCGGACGCAAUCAGAUAGAGGUUCAGUGGUGGUGAGAGAGCCUCGGCGCAGCCCGAGCACGAUACUGCCGAACUCGUCGACGAGUUCGUUGGGCUCCGGGAGGAGCGUGAUCAGAUUGCAUCCGAAUCCGAAUGAGGGGGAGUUGCCGUAUCAGUAUGAUAUCCAAGGAGGGUGAGGCCAAGAUGAUGGAUUAAGAUCGCAACAACAACAACAACAACAACAACAACAACAACAACAACAACAACAACAACAACAACCAGCCUAUCGACCACGCGCAUUGUGAACCUAUCGUGGGUGUUUGAUGCAGCGCACCAGCGAGGUGAACAUUCAGCAACAGCAUCUUGGUGCGGAGAGGAGAUGAAGCGGUGUGUACUAUGUUUCAGAGCAGAAA